CAGCUUUCCUGGGUCCAACACUUCAUCCUUUCCUCGUUUAAGUAAGAUUCUUAAGUUAUUUUGUGUUAUGUCCUGCUUUAUAUACAUUUUCCUGAUUUUAAGUUUUCCUAGGUUCUCAUUCAGUUCACAUUCAUCCUCUGCAAAAGAUCAUACACAGAUGUCUUGAAGAUUUUUUUGAGAAAAGACUGCUUGUAAGUCAAAAUUUGCUCCCAAGCCAGGAAAGAUGUGAGGAGAUGCUGAAAUUGAUUCCUGAUGAGCAUAUUGCAUCUGAACUCAGAUCAAGGUGGCAGGAAAAUAAACGUGUCAGAGAGGAUAUUAAUAUUUACAGAUGGGAACAACUAAAACACCUGCUACAAUCUGGUAAACACAAGGCCCAGGAGAUUCGCAGGUGUGUUGAAGAGAUUGUGUUUUCUUUCGCCUACCCCAGGCUUGAUAUGGAGGUUUCAAGAAAAUUGAAUCAUUUAUUGAAAGCACCAUUCUGCGUGCAUCCCCAAACAGGCCGUGUCUGUAUUCCUAUUGACCCCAAUGAAUCGAUGAGGUGGUCCGAGCUCAUAAAGUGUUGUAGUACUCUCCCAGGACAGGGAUUGAGUGAUGCUUCUCGAGAAUUGGCCAUCAACACAGUAUGCCAUCCGCUCCCCUGGAUAUUCAUAGUCCAACUUAUGCUUCUUGGAGGAUUUAGUUAGCCUGUUUGUACUCUGUUUCCAAGCUAAAUAUUCUCUAGAAAAGAGAUCAUUAACUACAUUUCUAGAGCCAUUUCAGCCUUCUAGUUAGACUAGUUAGCCUUUUGUUAUUUUUAUUACUUAUUAUUGUUUCGGGGUAUGCCCCUACGAAUUAUGUAGUAUGUACAUUCACACUUAUAUGAGAAUUUGAAAUAUAAAUAAAAAUGUUUCAAAUUUUGGUUACUUA